GUUCUGCAGGAGUCUGUUGUGCUGGCUUCAUGGUCCACUCUGAGAGCUGAGUUUGUUCAUCUGAACCCUGCACAGCUGCAUCACAUGCUGAGAGAGUACAACACAGCUCUGACAUGCCCUCCGUGCUGGAUGCCAUCUCCAGAGGAUUCAGCGGCAGCCCUCAAUAGCUCUAAUAUCCUGGAAAGUUUCGACAACCAUCCUCCUCUAAUCCUGCCCAGCAGCAUUUUUUAUCUGGAGCUGGGAAAUCCCAUCACAGAGCCAGGACUGUUCACUCCUCUCCAGCAUCUGCAGGAGUUUAUCCAGUCUCUCCCAGACAGCCAGACACAGUCUGACCAGCAGCCCUCACAGGGCUCCUGCAGUAACUUGACAGAAGAGACAGCAUAUGAACCAAUCACCUGCCAAGACUCAGAGUCAAAGGAUCAGCAACAUGUCAGCAUGACACCACCUCAGUUUCAGGGGUCUCACAGUUACUUAAGCUCAUGUGAGGCCGUCCUGACCCAGAAACUCAAGUGCCUGGAGCUCCAAAACAGCCUGUCUGGGAAUACAGACCUGGGCUACCACAAAAGUCUGGCUCUCGACCCCUCCUGCCUGCUGACGCCUCCCAACACCCCUCAGAGUCUUGACCAAGCCGAACUUGAAGCCAGUCUGCUGGAGGGGGCGUGCACACGUCUCUCCUAG